UACUUAGCAUUGAUUGUGGCAUUAUCAUUGAUUAAGGACUCCAAUGCGAUGUCCACAUUUUUUGCUUGAUUGUCUCAUAGUCAACACUCGGCUGUCAGCUCGCUGCCGCUAACGCUCUAUCAAUUUCGAGUGGCAUUGAACAUCGAACGAACGUUGCGUUGUUUACUAAUGUAAAUAGUCUCUCAAACUAAAACAAUAUGGAUAUAUUUGAUAUCCUCCUCCAAUCGGGGCUGAUAACCAGUGCGAUAGUGUUCUAUUUAGUAUUUAUAAAGAAACAAACACCAAAUAAGGGACCGUACAAACAAGUUGGCUGGAAUUAUUAUCUGCGGCUCCUAUACGCGCGCUAUGCGGUCCGUCGCUGGAAGUCACAGCUGAAGCCAGGUCGACUGGACGAGCUGCCUCUAGCAGACCAGUACACGGGAUGGGACAGCUUCGCGGUUCGCACCUCCGCUCCCGAUGGCUCGACCCUGCUGCUGGCUAUUCGCAAGCUGUGCGGCAGACAGCCCCUAGCCGAGAUACAUGUACACGUCAAAUUGCCUGAUGGAACUACUUACAGGUUACCGCAGCAUCCAGAUACGGCAGUAUGUGCUUGGGAAAAUGUUGAGGGUGGUUGGAGCGCUGAUGGUCUGAAAGUUCAAGUCCUUCAAGACAAGAAGCGUUACAGAUUCUUGUACAACGGACUUUUAACUCGAGUGGAAGAUGGAGUUACGCAGCAUGUCAAAAUGAAUUUUGUUUGGGGAUCAAUUACCAAAUCAAUCCGUUUUCCUGAUGAUUGGAGCAAUAAGCUAGCAGCUGAGGCGUUAGCCCUUGAAUCAUGGCGUGACGACCAGUGGCCAUACAUGCUGAACAAAACAGACGAAGGGGGUUGGUUGCAAUGGGGAGCCGCUCAGGGUCGGUUCGAGUCGUUUGACGAAGAAGGCGUUGUGGACAAGAGUGUGUACUUAAGGACUCGAGGAGUGAAGGAAAGGAGAUGGGCACCCAAUGGGUAUGAUGGUCUGAGACGUUCUGUCACGAUAACUGCGGCUGCAAGAGAUGGCACUGCGUUUCAUCUUCGAUGCUUUUCCUAUAAAACUGAGUUGACUCAUUGCGUGUCCGGAUAUGUUAGAUGCCCAGACUACUCCACAAAAGAGAUCACCUCUACGGAUAUUGUGAUGUCGGAGUUCUGCGAACGACCUGAUGGGAUUCCUAGUGUUUACACAAUAAAUGUGAGCACCGACAAUGACAACCUGAAGCUGGUGUUAAGAAUAAACGCUGAUGGGGGCAAUCUAUUCAGCGGCGUCCCCUACCAGCAAGAAGUGAUAUACCGCACCAUGCAUGUCGACAUCAACUGUGAGCCUGGCUCCGGUAUUCUGGAACUGGGAUACGAACCCUCGGUUGUAAAGGAGCCUGUAUCGCGCAUUGUUCCACUACCUCAGCUGAAGUGGCUGACAGAGAAGCAGGCUGGUGAGGUCGGCUACUCCCUUUCAUUCGAAGAUCGGGCAGCCGCAUGUCCCAUGUACGUGGGGGGCAAAGGAGCAUCUUUGGCUCUGCUAGCGUCCAAACAGAAGGAAGAGGGUUAUCGAGUACCACCUGGAUUCUGCCUGACCACUAAAGCCCUUGAUAAGCAUUUAGAAGAAAAUCCUAAGCUGCUGGCAGCUAUUAGAGAAAUUGAAGCUGCCAAUGAGGAUUAUAAUGAAGAAAUAUUUAAGGAAAAAUGUAAAAUAGCAUCAGACUUGAUUGCAACCACCGAAAUAAAGGGCGAUGUCAAAGAAGAAAUAUUACUAAGUAUGCAAAAAUUGAGAAUAAAAUCUGCUGAGCAAAAAUUAGGUUCUGAACUACGUUUUGCUGUGAGGUCAUCUGCCGUAGGAGAAGACAGUGAAGAGCUAUCAGCCGCUGGACAAAACGAAACAAUUCUUGGGUGUAUAAGCGACGAUGACAUCGUCCAAGGAGUGCAAAAGUGUUGGGCAUCCAUGUUUGCGUUCACCAGUUCUUAUUAUCGCAGACAGAAUGGUCAACCCUGUUUGUGUGGAGGUGGUGUGGUAGUCCAGGCCCUGGUGACACCGCGAGCAGCUGGCGUCAUGUUCACCCGACACCCAGCACAUGGAGACCCGUCCAGACUGCUUAUUACGGCUAACUAUGGACUUGGCGAGAGUGUUGUAUCUGGUGCAGUAGAACCUGACACAAUAAUACUAAAGCGAACCAGGGAUGGAUUACUCACCAUUUCAAAGAAGGAAUUAGGUUCCAAAACUCAACGAGUCAAGACAGAGGGAAGUGGCAUCGCUAUGGAGGAUGUGCCCGAAGGAGAGAGAAACGUGGCUUGCAUCACUGACGCUGAAGCAUUGAAACUGGCAAAGAUUGGAGUGACUCAAGAAGAGUUGUGGGGAGCUGGGAGAGAUAUAGAGUGGGCUGUAACUGAGAAUGAGAUAUUCCUACUGCAAGCGCGGCCAAUCACAUCUCUGGAUCGUUGGACGGAAGAGGAGUUACUGCACGAACUAGAUUCGCCUAUCAUGGCUGACGAUGAUCUCACUUCAUUCGGUAACACCGGCGAGGUACUUCCAAAACCAUUAACAGCGAUGAGUUAUGACAUAGUAAACGGCCCAUUGUGUUCUGGAAUGGAAAGAGUAAUGGUUGGGGAUAAAGGACCAAUAUACGACGCACCCGUGGUCAUCACUCACAACAGAUGCGCCAUGUCUCUAUAUAAUACGAUAUACAGAAAUACACCCAAAGAAAUAGAUGUAGGCAUACGCAUGAUUGAAAUGUCAAUUCAUGGACAUAAGGUAGCAGACGGGCAGAUUUGGAAGACAGCGCUGCAUAGGCGGCCAGCACAUUGGCUUAACCAUUUGAAAGGAAUCUGGCUCUUAUUGAAGACUCUUGUAUGGUCCAAAUGGGCAAUGAAUGACUCAAUAAAAAUUGCGCAAAAUGCUAAGUUCGACAUCGAAACCCAAAAUCCCAAGGAGCUGUUGGAUAUUGUUUCGAACACUGAAGAUAUAAUGGAACGUGUGUCAUACAACCACACAACUACCAGCGCAGCCAGUUCGGGAAGCCAGUUCAUAGCCAUGACCAUACUUUUGGAGGGAAAAACAGAUUUUUCUGCCGAGCAAUGCAAUGAAAUAGGGGCAUUAUUUAGCUCCGGCGACGUGUUAUCCGCAGAAGUACCUGUGGCUUUGGCCAAAAUAGUGCAAAAGCUAGAGGCAUCAGGACUAGCGGAGGAAUUUAGAGCUCAGGACCCGAAGAAAGCUUUAGAUUGGCUUAAACAUUAUGCACAUGAUGAUAUUUACAUUGAUGUUCGCGAAUUCUUAGAACAACACGGCUAUCGAGCCGUUAUGGAGUUCGAUUUAGUUACCAAGCCAUGGGUGUUGGUCCCAGAAGACAUGAUGAAAGUCUUACAAAAUUUAUACGUGGCCAGUGAAGGGGUCAAAAAUACCAAAAGUAAUCAGGAGGUUGUGGACGCGUUGACUAGCCCUCAGAAGGCCAAUACGAAGAAAAUUCUCCGCUGGGUUUUGCCACUAUGCCACCGAACGGUGCGGCACAGAGAAAGUACAAAAGCACACUUGGUCCUUACAAUCCACAAAUUGCGGCUUGCUUUUAUUCGUCUCGGCAAAUUGUUAGUUAAAAACUGGUACAUACCAAAUCCAGACCUCGUGUUUUUCUUCAGACUGCACGAGUUACAAAAAUACAUGGCUACUAGAGAUCCAGCUUUAUUGAAAAAGGCCGUGCAGCGUCAGCAACACUACCCAAGCUGGUGCAAGUUGCAGUUCGCGGAGCUGAACACUGGCUGGGUUGAGAGACUGCAACCAAAAGCGCCGUCAUUGGUAGCUGGUGACGUCAGAAUAAAUGCCACCUCCGUGUUCGGUGGUGAAGUGGUCGCUAGGGCGUGUGUCAUAAAGGAUCUCUCUGAGAUAGGAGAUUUACGUCGAGGCGAUAUCUUGAUAACCCACGCGACUGACAUCGGUUGGUCUCCUUACUUCCCUCUCUUGACGGGCAUCGUCACGGAGCUUGGAGGACUUGUCUCGCAUGGUGCCGUGAUAGCACGAGAAUACGGCUUACCGUGUAUAGUGGGCGCAGCGUAUGCUACAGACACAUUCAAGACAGGAGACCUAGUAAGACUGUCAGGAACAAAGGGACUGAUAGAGAAAGUCGAGGUUGCAGAGGAGAAACAAGAAGCAGAAGAAAGUGAAAAUAAGGAAUGAGAAAGUUAUAAUGUUAAGUACCUACCUAAGAAACCUGUUAUUGUUGUAUUAUUAAUAAAAGUUGGUUUAUAAAAA